AUGGCGUUCAACAACACCUACGGCAGUGCCCGUGACCCUAGGCUCAGUCGUCAGCCUAGCAAUGUCGACAUGCCUGAUGAAGUAUCCGCUAUCCCAACGCCGAACCGCCAGUCAGUUCCGAUGCAGCCUCAAGAUCUUGCGGCGCCGCCUUUGAUCGAUGGCAAUUUGGCACUAAUGAGGCGGGUUCCUGAGCUUAUUGCAACCAAGUCCCUGGGGGAUCUGACGGUCUCGUACUCGAAGCGCCUGGAGGAGAAGAACGCCGUGCUCAGCGAGAACGCCGCGAUUGAACAACGCCAGAUGUUAAUGGAGAAAGACACCGCCAGGUCCGCCCGCGAGAUCAGCGAUAUGACGAUGAAGAUACAAGAGAUGGAGGCCCAGAUCCAAGCAUACGAGGACGAGAAUACGGAGUUACAAUGUCGCGUUACUACGUUAGAGACAGAGGCCCAUAGGCUACAGUGUCAUAUCUACAACCUGGAGUUUGAGAAGGAACAGGAUCGACCUUCGGAUGCAACUGAUGGAAACACCGGGGUCGGUAGGAGGGACUCGACGCAACGCCCGAUGAUGAACGUCAACGCCAACUCUCCGCACCAGGGUUCAGAUCGAGAGCGAGAAUCGCGGUACAGCGAGGCGGUAUACGUUGAGCAUCGGAGAAGGUCGAGUGGAUUCUACGAGCGCGGUGGUCAUCAACGAGGAGCUCGCCGGGAGCGCGAUCGUGAUCGAAACGCACGGAACAGGUCUUCUACCAACGAUUGCUUCGUCCCAGACCUGUACCCUCCUACUGGACCCCGGGCCGAAAGGCGUUGA